AUUAAGAUAAUAGACGUCGAGCAGGGCAAGAAGGAUUAUGUGAUGAAGAACCUGACGAGGGAGGCGAAGGUGCUGUCGAUGCUGCAGCACCCGAGCAUCGUGAGGUUGUACGAGACGAUCCGGUGCGGAUCCGUGUACUAUCUCGUGACGGAACUCGCGACCGGCGGCGACCUGUGCACGCACAUUAAGGAACAGCCGGCCGGUAAACUGGACGAGAACACGGCGAGGCUCUAUGCCAGACAGCUGGUCGCCGCGCUCAAGCACAUGCACUCGAGAGGAGUCGUUCACCGGUGA